AUGGCACCACAAGAUCUUCAAGGCGACAGCGGCAGCUUUUCUCACCACAGAGUGUGGUUUGUAGCUAUUCAUUCUCUGGUCAGCAUGAGCUCCAUCUACAGCACCACUCUGCACCGCAUGGCCCAUAGGGUUGCUGCGUCUAGUAGAAGUAGAUUACUGUUGCCUGGAUUGGCGUCUUCCUCGUCCGAAUGGCCACAACAACGCCGAUGGCUGGCCACUCCCAAAAAGAAAAAGGGCAAAGGGAAGCGUUCGAUUAAUGGAAGUCACGGAUCUCGUGGUCACGGAUGGUACAUCAAGUAUCGGGAAGGUCGUGGAGGUCGGUCGUUGCAGGGCGAAUACUGGGAUCGCAAUCAACAUCACUGGGAUUUGCAACACUGGAACGAUGCCGUCUUGUCGCUAGGAAGUCAAUUUGUCUAUCUGGAUAUUGCCGUGGAACCGCCGACCACGGGAGGAGAUGUCGUUGCUGCUUCUCCAUCUGUGGCGGAAGACAGUGAAGAUAUUUCUGUGGCUGUGCCAAAGGAAGAAGAGUCCGAAGAAAAUGAUGCUACAGGUCUGAUCCAAGAAGCUGCCUACAAGAAUACCAUCUUGUAUCGAAUUGAACGAGAAGUGGGUAUUUGUGGAGGCGACGUCUUGACCAAUACGGGCGGGACCGGACAAUGCUGGCAAUCCUUUCCGUACGACAACGCCGUACCCAAUACGCGGAUUCGACCCAGUCCUUUGCGUCGCGAUUUGCCACCUCCGGCGGACGAACCCUUGGCGAUGUGGCACACGGCCGGAACUGUGGCCAUGCUGUGUGCCAAGGUCAACGAAAUUGACUCGAGAUUCAUUCUUUGCGCUCAUGACAGCCCUCAUUUGGAUGGCAUUCAUCGAGCCUUUGGAAAGCUCACACCCGAAUCCUUGGCCGUCAUUCAGGAAUGGCAAACGUCUGUCUUGACGUCCUACGGAAAACCCAAGAGUGCUACCUUGCGGAUUGUCGAUUGUGGGGUAUUGGAAGAUUACAAGCAGGAGGACAGUGCUGGAGGUAGUCAGGAAGAAGUGGCCGCUGCAUAG